AUGGACCGCGAGGACAAGCGGGAGGACCAGAAUGUCGAUCUAUUGCGCACUGAGUAUCUUGACGAGUACAAACCACCGCCGUUCAAGCACAGAGCUCUGAGCUUCUUGAAGAGUCAGUACCAGCUCAGCAGCCUCGUCCCCUCUACUGUAUGGAUCCCCAAAUACAUCAACGGAGGAUGGCGGGAGGACCUAAUGGGGGACAUAUUCGCGGGUCUCACGGUAGGGUUCUUUCUCGUUCCUCAAGGCAUGUCGUAUGCACUCGUUGCCAACCUUCCUCCUAUCUACGGCCUCUACACGGGCUCUUUCCCUCUCAUCGUCUACGGUCUUCUAGGAACGUCCAGACAGCUCGCCGUCGGCCCUGUCGCCAUCGUCUCGCUGCUGGUCUCGCAUGGUCUGAACUCCAUCGCUCCAGCAAAGCUAGAGGAUGGAAGUGCAAACCCCGCCUUCAUCAAGCUAGCUAUUGCAUCCUCCUUCCUCUCCGGCUUGUUUCAGCUCGCGCUGGGAUUGUUUAAGCUUGGCUUCUUGACCUCUUUCCUCUCGCAUCCAGUCGUCGCCGGUUUCACCUCAGCAGCUGCCAUCAUCAUCGGGCUGGGCCAGAUGAAGCAUGUGCUGGGAUACUCCCUGAGCGAAUCGAACAACACAUUUGUUGUGAUUGUAGACAUGCUGGCUCGGUUGGGUGAGGCUCACUGGCCGUCCGUUCUGAUGGGCAUCGGAGUCAUGGCGUUCUUGAUGGUGUUCAAGAAAGUUCCCAGGCUGAGGAAAGUUCCCUCGGCGAUGCUCAUCGUCGUCAUCGGAAUUCUGGUGGCCAUUAUCUCGUGGGGAGCCCGUCUGGACAAGUCAGGUUUCAAGAUCUGCGGAACUAUCCCGGCUGGUGUUCCUGUCCCGCAGGCACCUGAGUUGCCGUCGACAGGGAUGGGAGCGCUCUUCUCAUUUGUGCUGAUCAGCUCUAUGCUGGGGUACAUGGAGUCCAUCGCUGUCGGCCUAACGUAUGCAAACAAGAACGGCUACGCCAUCAACCCCGACCAAGAGCUCGUCGCCUUCGGCGUCUCAAACAUCGUCGGCAGCUUCUUCCGCUGCUACCCAGCAGCCGGAGGGUUCGGUCGCUCAGCUGUGAACGCCAAUGCAGGUUCGAGGACGCAGCUGGCUGGCAUCAUUUCAGGGCUGCUGAUGCUGAUCGUGCUGGGAGCUCUGACUCCUCUCUUCUACUACCUCCCCAAGCCCGUGCUGGGUGCCAUCGUCAUCAUCGCCGUGUCUGGACUCCUCGACACCCACGAGCCGUGGCACCUGUACCAGCUGGAGGCCUGGGAGGAGCUCAUUGCCUUCAGCGUCACCUUCAUGGCCACCCUUCUGCUCGGUGCUGAGCUCGGCCUUGCCGUCGGUUUCGCCUGCUCCAUCAUCGCGCUCCUUUUUCAGACUUCGAGCCCCACUUAUUCCGUACUGGGUCAAGUGCCCGGCACGCACAACUACCAUGACAUGAAGGUCAUGGAGUCUGCCGUUCCAGUCCCCGGCAUCCUCAUUAUCCGCUUUGACAUGGACUUGUGGUUCGCCAACUGCAACGGGUUCCGCGACGCCGUGCUGCACGAGGUCAAGCUCGCGCUCCACAUGGUGUCUGAGACGGACAAGCCGAGGGGGGAGCUGCGGCGUCUCGUGCUCGACCUGUCGGGAGUGAACCGGCUCGACUCCUCCUCCAUGCGCACCAUGAAGGACAUC